AUGGACUUUGCCUUGGAAAAUGCACACCAAUUCUGGAAAGAGCAAGCGCAACUUGAAGCAGGGAAAAAUCGAGAAAGAAGAUUUCAACAAGGUAGAGGACCAUGCAAUAUUUUUAUUCUAGAUACGUCCUCUAAUGUCGGCGAAGAAGGCUUCAUACAAAUGAAAGAGACAUUCUGCGCAAUAAUGAAUGAAUAUGCAAAAUAUCCCAAAACUGAUGAGAAUGUGACUGUUCUGACUUGUGGGAAAACGACAACAUUUAAGCAUUAUUACUCUAAUCAGUACUCUGGAUUGAAGCAUUGUAUCGAUGAUGUUGAAUAUGGCGGACCCUGUCCCCUUACUGCAGCAUUUAUAUUACCAGAGGGGGCAAUUUGUAGAGGCGCAGGCUAUACAAAGGUUAUGGAACAUUUUCAUAUACAUCCCCGUCUCAUUCUAAUUUCUGCUGGGAGACCAAAUGAUUUUACUGUCAUGAAUGACGAUGAAAACCUGCCUAUUUACGGACCCGCUGAG